GUGAGCCAGGAGAGGAAAUGACUCGCACUGUGCAUGAGGCUGAGAUCACAGGCCGUCUCUGCUCAUCCACACUGCAGUGCCUAAACUGCCUUUUUUAACUUCCGACUAUAUGCUCAAGUAUCACUCAAAGAACAUGGUGACAAAUACUAGCAUGUACGAAUGGCUCUUUCUGUGAUUAAAAAACAAUCAUUCGGUUAUUCACAACAAUCCCGUUCAAAGAUGUGCAUAAAACACCAAAUUAACAGAAACAUGGAUGCUACACCAAUCUCCUGGCCCCCUCCUAUGAGGGCUAUUGGAGCUCAGAAUCUGCUCACCAUGCCAGGAGGAGUGACCACGUCUGGAUAUCUGCACAAGAAAGGGGGCAGCCAGUUCAGCCUGAUGAAAUGGCCUCUUCGGUUCAUCAUAAUCCAUAAAGGCUGUGUGUACUAUUUCAAGAGCAGUACUUCAGCCACACCACAGGGAGCAUUCUCUCUCAAUGGCUACAACAGAGUUUUACGGGCAGCAGAAGAGACAACAUCUAGCAAUGUUUUUCCUUUCAAGAUUGUGCACUUCAGUAAAAGACAUCGCACUUGGUAUUUUUCAGCGGCGAGUGAGGACGAGAGAAGGAAAUGGAUGCGACUCUUAAGAAAAGAAAUAGACCAUUAUAAUGAUAAAAGAGAAUUGCAGAUUCCAAGUGACGAUUUAGAUGCUGAGAGUGUCUAUGGUCCUUUAGAAGAACCUGUGGAAAUCAGUCAUUUUGAAGAUAAUGAUGAACCAGAUUAUAUGACACAAGAUGAAGACAGUGAUGGAGAAGACAACCUCAAAGAAGAUGAACCACAAGUGCCAGUGCCACCAGGUCGACCCAUGGUUCCACCUCCACCCUAUCCCCCACCUCCAGUUCCUCACCUGUCUAGAGAAAACCAUCUAACGAAGGGACUACCACCUCCACUACCCCCACCAUUCAAAAAACCUCCUUCCUGCAUACCUAUAAACAAGGGCCCACCUCCACCACUACCAUUUGCUCCGCAUCUACAGAAAUCAGAUGUGCAUCCACCAUCCAGAGGUCCUCGGGGUCCUAUGCCUCCACUACCUCCCCUGCCCGGCUCCUUUUCCACAAUCCCUAUUUCCGAGAAGAAGCCUAAUACCGCUCUUAUCGGUUAUACCUCUGCUACUUUACCUGUUGUUGACAACUUGCAAAAAGUAAUUUUAAACCCUGUAAAUAAAUCACCCAGUUCUUGCUUGGGGGGAAGGUCCGUAACAGAGAACAAGCUAUUGUCACCUCACCUAUCGUCUCCUUUGGGUAACAAGACUCAGGUGGCCCAGAUACCAAAGCCUCCAUUACCAUCCAAACCAAAACCCAGUAGGCCCUCCUUACAAAGAGAAUCACCAGAUGGACAGAGUUUUCGUUCCUCUUUGGAAGAGAACCCUUUAAGAAAGAGAGCACCUCAGAGACAUGAUGAAUCAGAUUAUGAAGACUAUGAAAAUGUGCAAUUACCUUCAUCCGUCUUUGUGGACUCCACAGAAACCAGUAAUGUUGAGAAAUUAUUUAAAGAGACAUACAGUUCUCCAAAGAAUGGCCUUUAUUGCAUCCGAAAAUCAGGAACAGGAAAAACAUCACAGGUGUUGGUUGUUUGGGACACGAGUAUAAAUAAAGCCAGAAACUACAGGCUCUUUGAGGAGGACCAAAGGGUGUACCUGGAGACAGAUCUGACUUUCUCAACAUUAGCUGCUCUUGUUGAGCACUACUAUAUUAACCCACUGCCCAGCAGCAACAACCACUUGCCCAUCAACUCUUUGUGCUUACAGAUACCUUAUGGCUACAGUCCACCUAGGUGACAUCUGCCUUCUUUACCUGCUAAUACACCCAAAUGCUCUGUUCAAGUUUAGGUUUGGGGCUCUGUAAUAUUCUGUAAAAAUGCAGAUUUCUCCAUCUGCUGGUUAUAAAUAUAAAUUUUCAUAUUUUGUGAAUAACCUUAAUAAAUAAAAAACAGUAAAAUUCACUGUUAUUGAUGGGUGGAAGGAAAAUAAUGCAGUGAAUUGACGAGAAUUUUGUAAAUAAUUUGGAUAAGUAUAAAAAUCAUUUAGGUCUUAUGACUAUUCAGGGAACUUCAUAUUUUAGUUUGAAUUCAGACUACUGAAAUUAAGUAGUGAGUGAAUGAGUGAAUUUAAUGAAAUCUUGUCAAUUCUUUGUUAUGAAUUGUCACACAUUAAUAUCUGAUUUGGCCAUCAUGUAGAAACCACAAAAUGCUACAUUACUGAAAAUAACUUUGCUAAUUGUUUGCAAAACAAUAACAUCGUGAAUGUUAUUUCAUUUUUCCAAUAUUGUAUAGAUUGUGUUUGUACAUAUUAUACAUAUGUUUUUUAAUAACACUGUGGAAUCCCGUGAAUGAAAAUAAAAACUUUUUCUGCACAGUUCUGCAGUAAACUA